GUCGGUAACAGAAUGAGCUUGUCCACGCUCUCUGCCGCUGGCUGCACACUCUAAAAAACAAUCGCCCCCCCUCCCAUUUCUUACAGCCCCUGCCAGACAUCAAGAGCAGACACAAGGCUCUCUCUCUCUCUUUCUCUCUCUCUCUCCCCCUUUCUCUCUCUCUCUCUCUCUCUGUCUCUCGUGUGAGAAAGCUGCGAGAGACAACUCCUCCACUUUUUUUCCCCUCCUUAUUUCUCUCUGGGACUUGCACUCUGAGGGACUAUGCCGGUAGUUGGUGUUGCUUCAAAACUCCGACAGCCAGCUGUGGGGUCCAGACCCAUCCACACUGCACUGCCCAUCCCCAACCUCGGGAGGAGCAGCAUGGCACAUGGACUGGCACCCAGGAGCUCGGAGCUCAGGGUCACAGAAUCUUCCAUGCUGUCUUGUCAGCUGUCACUCAAGACGGAGAUCCACGAUAGGAGGUCAAACUUGGUUCCAGCUCCAGCUGCAACUUUGGCACGAAGCAGCAGAGAGGCAGAAGAGAGCAAGAUCUGCAAGAUCUACACUGAUUGGGCGAACCAUUAUUUGGCCAAGUCCGGCUGUCCAAGGCUUAUUAAGGACCUGACUCAGGACAUACCCGAUGGAGUUCUGCUGGCAGAAAUCAUCCAGAUAAUAGCUAAUGAGAAGAUAGAAGAUAUUAACAGCUGUCCCAAGAGUCACUCUCAAAUGAUUGAGAAUGUGGAGUGCUGUCUGAGUUUCUUAGGGGCCAGAGGAGUCAGUGUUCAAGGGCUCUCGGCUGAAGAGGUGUGUAAUGGGAAUCUGAAGAGCAUCCUGGGUCUGUUCUUCAUCCUGUCCCGCUACAAGCAGCAGCAGCAGCACCAGCAGCAGUACCUGCAGUCUCUGGUGGAGCUCCAGCAGCACGUCACACAUCAGACCACAGGGGCGGCACAACUGAGCCAGCACAAAACACAAGACAUGCAGUCCAGUCUCACCGCACGAUAUACAAGUCCACCAGGUCACAGUGGAAUAGCAGCCCCUCAGAAGAAAAACACAAGGUUGCCAGGUCCGUCCAGAGUCCCCGCUGCAGGCAGCGGCAGUAACAGCAUAAAGGUUCCUCAAACCUGAACAGAAGGAGCCAGAGCUUCAACAGUAUUGACAAGAGCAAACCAUUGCAGUAUGCUAGUGGCAACGACAGAGAGUCGGUGAAGGGCAUCCCUCUUGCCAGGCAGCAUGAACGGCAGUGGCUCGGUGCCUUCCAGCACCAGCGUGGCAGCAGCUGGCCUCUGCCAUCCCCUCUCCCACUGCUGGAAAGACCUGGCGCAGCAAGUCCAUGAACAUGAAGCACAGUGCCACCU